AUGUACCUGCUGGUUUAUGUUGAUGACAUUAUUCUUAUGAGCUCCUCAGUGACUGCCGCUGAUCGUCUGCUGUCUGCUCUGAGUGGUCAUUUUGUUGUCAAGGAUCUGGGUGCUCUCCAUUACUUCCUUGGUCUGGAGGUUUCACGGUCCCCUGCUGGCCCGACUCUCACUCGGCAUAAGUAUUCCUUGGACUUGCUACGACGUGCUGGUAUGUUGCAGUGCAAGCAUGCUAUCACCCCUAUGUCUGCGACUGGUCGGUUAUCAGCCUUGGAUGGUGCCUUGUUUCCUUCAGAUGAUGCUACAGAGUACCGAAGUAUUAUUGGUGGCUUGCAGUACUUGACAAUCACACGGCCGGACAUCUCCUUUGCGGUCAACCGCGUGUGCCAGUAUCUUCAUGCUCCAUGGACUUCACACUGGUCAGCUGUGAAGCGUAUACUGCAUUAUCUCUCUCAUACUGUCUCAUAUGGCUUGCAUCUUCGGUCUACCUCCUCGAGCGCUCUCUCGGCGUUCUCUGAUGCAGAUUGGGCUGGGAGCCUGGAUGACCGGCGAUCAACGGGGGGUCAUGUUGUCUUCUUUGGUCACAACUUGAUCGCCUGGAGUGCGCGCAAGCAGGCCACAAUAUCUCGGAGUAGCACUGAAGCAGAGUACAAGGCGGUUGCCAAUGCCACGGCUGAGCUCAUUUGGGUACAGUCUCUGUUGAGAGAGUUGGGAGUCUCUCAAGAACAGCCGGUUCUUUGA